CUGCCCCCGUUGCAAGAUGAUGGGCCUCCAAGUGAUUUUUAUGGUCGAUUUUCAAACACCGAUAGGAGAGGUGGUUCAAGAGACAGGAGAAGUUCUAGAAGUUCUCGAGAUUGGCUGAAAAAUGAUGAUGAUGAAGAGGGUAGAUUUAGAAGAGGUGGCAGCGGGGGCAGAACUGACAAUAAAUGGUCUAGGAACUCGAGAAGUAGUUCUGGCACUGAUUGGCUGUUUGGGGAUGAUAAACGAUCAAGCCGCUCCCCGUCUUAUGGCAGCCGCUCCCCGUCUUAUGGGAACCGAUCCUCGUCUUAUGGGAACCGAUCCUCGUCUUAUGGGAAUCGAUCCCCAUCUUCUGGUGGCAGAGAUAG